CAAAACACGUGAUGCAUACGCGCCUUUAUUUUUGACAGGAAUCGGAAUUUCGCCCAUUCAACUCCGUAAAGUAGAGUGAGGCAUCUCUACUCCUCGCCACCAAUACCUCACAUCUCUCCAACCUUGAGAGGCAGGAAUACCAUGCCAAAAGUACGAACUUCCCGUACAAAACCUCCGCCUGAGGGUUUUGAGGAAAUUGAAGGAAUUUUAGAAGAUUAUGCAAGGACGAUGCGAGAUGCAGAGAACGAAAGUACAGAAGGUAAACGGGCAAAAGAAACACUUUGGCCGAUCAUGAGAAUAUCGCAUACACGAUCACGAUAUAUCUAUGAUCUGUAUUACAAACGAGAAGCAAUUAGUAGGGAGCUGUACGACUGGCUUUUGAAACAGGGAUAUGCUGAUGCAAAUCUUAUCGCCAAAUGGAAGCGGACAGGAUACGAGAAACUAUGUUGUGUAAGAUGCAUUCAAAGUAGGGAUAUGAAUCAUGAAGGAAGUACAUGCAUUUGUAGAGUACCGAAAAGUCAGCUUGCACGAUCUCAAGUAUUCGAAUGUGUUCAUUGCGGUUGUCGUGGAUGCAGCUCAGCAGAUUGAAAGUCAAGGAAACACAAACACUGUAUCAUAUCAAGCAUUAUUAUACCCAUUAUU